AUGAAAAAUGACAGAUACACGGUUGAGAUUGGCCCAAGGCACGGUCUAGGAACAAUUGCUCUACAACUUGUGGUGCAAGGACCUAAAAGUCCGGACUACGUUCAUGAAAGAGUAGAAGCAUUCCUGGAAAAGAUCAGGAUAGCUGUAUUCGUUCACAGCAAAAACGACAAACGAGACGAAAUCGUUGCGAAAACAGAAGCCACCGAUCAUCCAGAACUGAAGGAAAUCAAAAGUAUGGAGCAGUUCCGUCGUACGCUGCCUCUAUACGGCCUUCCGCGUGCUGAGUUGGAUUUGAUGCCGAUUGGUGUUGAUCCGCUGGUCUGA